UAAAGGUUUGUGCUCCAGCACUUUUAUCCUCUUUGUGCAGCAGUGGGCUUCAUAAGUCCAGAUUGUGUGUGUGUGUGUGUGUGUGUGUGAGUGUAUCCGGCGGCUCUAUGACCCCGCGGACUCCUCCUCCUCCUCUCCUCCUCCUUCUCUCAGCGCAGAGGAGCAGCGGGGAAGGAAGUUAUUAGUGUUCUGCGCUCCAGUUCUGCGCUGUCGGAGGAUAUCCUUCUCCGUCCAACUCUCAAAUUCCAAGGAUUUUUCUGUUUUUCUUUCCCACUCCUCCUCCUCCUCCUCUUGUCUCCAACCGGAUCCGUCUAUUUCUGCGCGUCUUUGAGGGUUUUUCCCCCCUAUGCGCGUGUAUGUGUAGAAUUACGCAUCAUCUCUGGAAUCUCGAUCCGCUGUGAUUUUUUGGGAAUAUUUUCCACCAACGCUCGUUUUCACCCAGAACUUUUCGUCUCUUGCGCGCCUUCUGAACACUUACACGGAACAUUUAAAGCAAACCGGACUGUUUCGAGCGAACGGUAGCGUAGCCUUUAUCAGAACGGAAAGUUUUUCUUCACUUUUCCUCCGCGCGAGGCACAUCAGCCGCUGUCACGAUGGAGAGCGAAUGUCUUCGCAUAUAGCGUGCCAAGUGUCCCCUCUGCGUUUUCACGAUCAUAAUACUCUUUAUCGCGCUUUUAAACGAACACAAACUACCAGUUGACGCUCAAACGAGCCGAUAUCUCCGGACUGCGAGUGUUGGAUUAUCAGGAGGACACUAGAGGCUCCAGAGCUCUGCGCUUUUACGCACGUUUGCGCGCCUGGAGAGCGUCAUGAAUCUGCCGUCCGGAGACGCUGUGACUUUAUGUCCUCAUCCUGAAUCCCUCUUCUCUGCCAUCGUGAUGUUUUGAUGCUGUUCAUUUUUGCUUUACAAAUAUGAUGAAAUGGCAGCCCCGGAAGAAGGCAUACUUCCGACAGGGUGUUGCCCUUCAGUACCUGGGGCGCCAUGCGGACGCCCUGGCCGCCUUCGCCUCAGGACUGGCGCAGGACCCCAAGAGCCUGCAGCUGCUGGUGGGAAUGGUGGAGGCCGCCAUGAAGUCCCCGCUAAGAGAAUCCCUGGAGCCGACCUACCAGCAGCUGCAGAAGAUGAAGCUGGACAAGAGUCCGUUUGUGGUGGUGUCUGUGAUUGGUCAGGAGCUGCUGACCGCCUCCCAUCACGGCGCGUCUGUGGUGGUCCUGGAGGCGGCGCUGAAGAUCGGCACCUGCAGCCUCAAGCUGCGCGGCUCGGUUUUCUCGGCCCUCAGCAGCUCUUACUGGUCACUGGGCAACACGGAGAAGAGCACCGCCUACAUGCAACAAGACCUGGAGGUGGCCAAAACUUUAGGUGACCAGACGGGCGAAUGCCGCGCUCACGGGAACCUGGGCUCGGCCUUCUUCUCCAAGGGGAAUUACCGCGAGGCACUGAGCAACCACAGACACCAGCUCGUCCUGGCCAUGAAACUCAAGGACAGAGAGGCGGCGUCUUCAGCCCUCAGCAGCUUGGGUCACGUGUACACGGCCAUCGGCGACUAUCCCAACGCCCUGGCCAGCCACAAGCAGUGCGUCCUGCUGGCCAAACAGUCCAAGGAUCAGCUCUCCGAGGCUCGGGAGCUGGGUAACAUGGGAGCCGUCUACAUUGCCAUGGGUGACUUCGAUAAUGCCGUGCAGUGCCACGAACAGCACCUGAGCAUCGCCAAGAGCCUCGGCAACAAGCGCGGGAUGCAAUCCUUAUGGCCUAUCAGGCCAGAGGCUUACCAUGCCCACAGGGAGUGA